CAUCUCCUUUUGUACGCAGUAACAGCGCGCUCGCUCCUUCCUUCUGUUGCGAGCACUGGCCGUUUACCGGGUUAGUGUCUUCCGAGGUACGUUUACGCGGGUACGAUCACUAUAAGAGCCAAAACUAGUAUGCCGUGCAGCCCACUCACCUUGAGCUCGCGCCACCUUCCCCUUCUAUACCUAACCACCAGCACCACAUCACCAAAGAUGCAAUUCAUCACCAUGCUCCCAGCCCUCCUCGCCACUCUCGCCCUCGCCAACCCGCUCGUCCCACGCGACGAUUUCUACCAGGAGGUCUACGCGAGCACCGAUUGCUCUGGCCCCGUCCUCGCGAGGAUCGACGACGCCGCGGGCUACUGCAACAGCCUCCCCGCGACCGCGUACUCGCUCAAGUCGUACGGUCCGGGCUGCUGCGGCGCGGCUCUGUACGCGGAGGCGAAUUCGUGCACGGGCAACAGCGAGUGGAUCUCGGCGGGCGCGAACAACGGGGAGUGCAUCUCGUACCCGAAUGGGAUCAAGCAGUGGACGGCGCGGUGCUGCUAAGUGGAUGAGUUGGAGUGGGAGGGUGACACAUAUAUGUUCGGGCAGACUGUGAGACUGUAUUCUGGCUCGUCGUUGACGAAGUAGACUUUCGUGCGGAGCUUGGCAGAAUAUUAGAAGGAUGGAAGGCC